AGAGCUCCGACUGCCAUCAGAGGUCGGCUUGCCACCUGAAGUGGAGCAACUCACCAAGGACCCGUGUCCGUGGCCGCCACCCAGCAAGUGCAAAGGAGAGGCAGCAGUGCCCAGGGGAAGGGCCACCUCACAGGGGCCAGUCAGCAGCCAGAGCACCGGAAGGGGUCCCUGGGCAGGAGCCAUGGCAUGGCCCCCACCCUGCUGGCUGUGCGUUCUGGGGACCCUGGCAGGGCUCUCAGCUACGCCGGCCCCCAAGAGCUGUCCAGAGAGGCACUACUGGGCACGGGCAGGACUGUGCUGCCAGAUGUGUGAGCCAGGAACAUUCCUCGUGAAGGACUGUGACCAGCACAGAAAGGCCGCUCAGUGCGAUCCGUGUAUACCAGGGAUCUCCUUCUCUCCAGCCCACCACUCCCGGCCCCACUGUGAGAGCUGUCGGCACUGUAACUCCGGUCUUCUCAUUCGCAACUGCACCAUCACUGCCAAUGCCGAGUGUGCCUGUCCCCAUGGCUGGCAGUGCAGAGAUAAAGAAUGCACCGAGUGUGAUCCUCCUCCAGGCCCCUGGCUGACCACUCAGCCAUCUCAGGCCCUGGGCCCACACCCUCAACCCACCCACUUAGCUUAUGCCAAAAAGAAGCCAGAGGCCAGGACUGUCCAACUGGUGCAGACUGUGGCUGACUUCAGGCAGCUGCCUGCCCCUGCUCUCUCUACCCCCUGGCCAGCCCAAAGAUCCCUGUGCGGCGCAGACUGUAUCCGCAUCUUUGUGAUCCUCUCCGGAAUGUUUCUUGCUUUCACCCUGGGCGGAGCCCUGUUCCUCCAUCAACAAAGAAAAUAUGGAUCAAACAAAGAAGGUCCAGUGGAGCCUGCAGAGCCUUGUCCUUACAGCUGCCCCAGGGAGGAGGAGGGCAGCACCAUCCCCAUCCAGGAGGACUACCGAAAGCCAGAGCCUGUGUCCUGCCCCUGAGCCAGCAGCCGGAGGGGGGGGUGCGGGGGCAGAGGGGUCCUCACCGCUGUAGAGUGUAGAGCCCUGGCCUCCAUCCCCCCACCCCACCCUCCAGAGGUUGAGAACUGGCAGCCCCAGUGCGGUCCCGUCCUCUCAUCAGGGCCCUCUCUUAUGUACCGACUUGACAGAGCACCUUUUGGAGACUGGCAGGGACAAGGACAAAUAGGAAUGCGGUGGAGGGUGGGACACAGGAGCCCUGGGUGUGUACACAGGUGUGUACG